AUGGAAGAUAACCACAAAUCCACACGCAGUACCUUUACAUUUACCAGCUCUGGGUUUCCGCGAAGUAUAGAUACAAUAAACGACAGUCUUUCAGAAGUGGCUGAUAAAAACAAUUUAGAUAAGGAUAAAGAAGAUAUUAAAUUCUCCACAGGGUGGACUGUCAUACAGCGAAGACAGACAGGGAGAUUGAACUUUACUCGCUCGUGGGAAGAAUACGCCCGCGGUUUUGGUGUUGCCGACGAUGAAUACUGGGUAGGAAAUGAGGUCAUGCACGCGCUAACCACACAGAAAGACUACGCGCUGCGGUUUGUCAUGGAAGACAUGUCUUCCACGAUAUGGGAAGCAACGUAUUCUCAGUUUACGUUAUCAGGAAAGGAAGAUAAUUAUAGGAUACACCUUAGUGGAUACUAUGGGAAUGUAAGUGAUGGAAUGAUUCGCUGCAACGUAUCAGCGUUUAGCACUGUUGACUCUGAUAACGAUUCUAGUUCCUCUCAUUGUUCUUUGUACAAUGGCGGCGGCUGGUGGUACAGUCAGUGUCACGUGACAAACUUAAACGGACCGUAUAAUAUAGGUAUGGUUUGGUUUAGUUAUGAUAGGCAGGACUGGAUUCAGAUGAGAUCGAGUGUGAUGAUGAUCAGGCCGAAGAUAUAA